UAAUAUUUAAAACUUAACUUUCAUUACGAUGUAUGUCCAUAAAUGCUGUUCAUAGCUUUUAACGUAGCAAAUAUCCUGGAAGUAGAGCGCAGUACGCACUAAAACAAUAUGCUGUUAAUCAUGACCGUGUGGCUAGGGUGGGAAGUGGAAAGUGACUGAUUCAUCGGGACUUUACAUUAGGCAUGGUACACAAUAUAGAUACCUGCUGAUGUUUUUAAUACAAUAGGUAUUGGAGAACUUAAUACGUUAUAUAUUACUAAUAAAAUUUUCUUAAUAAGAAUACUAUAAGUGAGUCACGACUCACGACCGUCCUGCACUAAGCCUUAAUGCAAACUCAGCGUAUGAUAUCCGUUUCGUUUUUGGUAAAAGGAUUCGUUAUUAUAAAGGCGGUGUAGCAAACACAGUGAGUGUACCGCACUGCUUACUAAUGUACAUUUUAUCAGCGAGGCCGCGGAGUAGCGAACGUGUCGCUGACGUUACUUAACUUAUAACAUACGUAGUAAAACAAACAUUCCACUAUAAUAAAUAUUAAGCCAUGUUUAUCAACACUCCUCCCAGCUCAUAGCUCCGUGUGAGCUGGUGUGUCGGGACUUAUUUUUUAUAUAUAGAUCGUAAUUAUAUCGGAACAAAGAAUGUAUAAGGUGACUCUAUAAGGAGGGGUGAGUCGUCACUAGUGAGUAUCGAUAAGAUUAAAUUUGUUAUCGAUAACAACGAAGUGCAUACUCAUAAGUUCGGUGCAAAAAUUGCGUUAUUUCUUCACUUUGAAGUGACUGGAGAAUUAUAUAAACGUGUGCGUUCAAUGUUUCAUGUUUGUGGGAAUCGGACGGGUGUAGGGUUAGCUUAGGUCUCCCGGUUUUGUCUGUGGUGGUCACUAUGAUAUCCGCUAUGGCUGAGUCAGGACUGGCGACCCCCGAGAACUCCGAUGAUGAGAGUGGUGAUGCCUUCACAGAUGGUGAUUUCGGUGAUUCAGAUGACGAGGUGAUCGCCGAUUGUAAGACAAGUGACGGUUUAAAUUCUCAGCACGUCAAUGAGACUGUGAACACUGGUGUUGUAGAAAAGAAUUGCAGUGACGUAAUAGAUAUAGGAGUAGAGGACAAUAUGAAAGACAUUAGUGAAAAUAGUGGUGUUAUAGAUGAUGAUGAUGAUGAUUUGAUGAAGGAUUUGAGCAGCAACGGAUCUAUUGUCGGCAUACUCGGGGAUCAGCACAAUCAUGCCGAGCAACGCCUGGCGGCUCGGCGAGCGGCUCGGGCGGAGGCUCGGGAGAUACGGAUGAGAGAGCUGGAAAGACAGCAGAGAGAACAGGAGGACCAUGCCGAUAAGGCGUACGACAUGUACAACGAGACGGUGGGCCGCCGCGCUGGCAGCCGGCUAGCAGCUCUUAGUCCGAGCGUCCACUCGCCCCGACGAAGCUCCGAAGACUCCGAGGACGUGCUCAGCAUCAAGGACCUCAGACACGAGAUGAAAGAAGUCGAGGAGAAGUUUCGGAAGGCGAUGAUCCUGAACGCUCAGCUGGACAACGACAAGGCGGCGCUCGGCUACCAGCUGGAACUGCUCAAGGACAGGAUCGAGGAGCUGCACGAGGAGUACGCUCAGCUGCAGCGCGAGCACCGCGAGAAGUGUUCCCUCCACGAGCGGCUCAAGAGGGAGCACGCCACCCUGGAGCGGGAGGUGGCGGAGGCGAGAGACGCCGUGCGGGCGCGAGACGGCGCGGCGGCGGCAGCGGGCCGGGUGUUCGUGGACGCCAGCGCCGCGCCCGGCGUGCCGUCCGGCGGGGCGUGCGGCGCGGUGCCGGCCUUGGCGCUCGUCACGCUCGAGAACCAACAGCUGCUGGACGACGCCGGAGAGGGCACGCUCGACGUGCGACUGUCUCGGCUGGCGGAGUCCAAGUCGUGCCUGGAGGGCGAGGUGCGGCGUCUCAAGCUGCAGCUGUGCGACGAGCGAGCAGCCAGACAGAACGGAGUAGCCGAGCAUCACGACAGGGACCUGGACAACGAACUGGAGUCGCUCCGCAAGGCGCUGUCAGAGGCGAAGGGUCGCGCGGCUAGGGCGGAGGCCGAGGCGGCGCUGCAGGCGGCCGGCGUAGCAAGGCUCGAGGCGCAGGUUGUGCGACUGCGGGCGCGCCAGGAGGACCAGGACGAGCGAGAGGAGGCGCUCAAACAGGACCGAAGAAGGCUGCAGAGAGAGGCGAGAGAGGCGCUGAACCGGGUCGAGGAGUUGGAGACGGAGAACAGUCACCUCACCAAGCGACUCGACAAACUCAAGAACGCUAAAUCCGCUCUGCUCAAGGACCUGUGACCGAACUAACUCGCCAUCACCAUUUUUUAUAUAUAUAUUAUACUGCCAGCACGACCGCUUUGUCUGUGACAACAGCAUUUUGACGUUGAUACAAAUUGUAUGGAUAAAAUUUUAAAUAUCUCCCACGAUAUUAAUAUCAAUGCAUUUUCAUUUUAUUUUAUUUAUUACGAAAAUUAUUUUGUAUUAUUGAAUUGUCUAUUAUGGAAUGCAGGCAAAUUUAUAAUCUGUAUAUACUAGUGUUGUCUAUGGUAUGGAAUGUGCGUUCUUUUGUGACGGUUAGAAUGAAUUUUAACGAUUAUCGUGUAUCUGUGACACGGAGGGAUUUUUAUUUUGUGUAAUUAAUUAUUGAAUUUAAAACUGACAUUUAAUUUAUAUUCUUAUAUUUUAGACGUGCUUGUGACGAGCUGCUUCCAAGUGAAGGUCUUAUUUAAUUUAUUAUUUUACACGAUUGUAUCGUACGCUAGUGACCCCGGCUGUAUCGUAUGUUUGUGUAUAAUAUUGUUUUUAUUUACUGCUUUUAUUAACAGCGUCUCCCCGGCUUGCCGACGUGUGUCGCUGUAGUAUAACUUGCCAUGAAGCGAAACGAUCGUCCUGGCCGGCCGCUGCUCGCCGUACAGCGGCCGAGACGAAGUUGCUCAAAAUUAUCUCAUGUCACGUGACUGUAGCGUGACCAGCUACUUGUAUCGAGCGUUUGAUGUAGAUUCUAUUCGGAAGUUACCAAUACUAUCGUUAUGAACAGUCCAUACGUAUUUACAUACUUUAAUAUGUCGCCUUACCAUUAAGUUUUGAUUGUAUUUUUUUUCAUACGAUUCGGUUUUGAAGUUAACAUAAAGAUAUGUCAUAACUGAGGAUGUAAUUAUUUUAUAUAACCUAUGUGGCAUCGUAAUCCGAUUGUUGUGUAACUCAUACUUAUAUCUGGAUGGGAUUUAUACCGUACUUCAUGUCUGCAUCUCGACACUGAAUACGCAGCGUUUCGAGUAUUUUUGUUCAUGAACCCACGCCAUACAGUCGAAAAUGUAGAACGGAAAAGUAUAAACGCUGCGUAUUCAGUUUGACGAUGCGGACCUGUGGUAAGGUGAGUGUAGUAGUUAUUUGAAACGUGAUUUACGCCGUAGUCACGCGAUCAGUGCCAUGGAGCACCAAAUUGUAUUAUAGUUAUAGUUGGAGGUAGACGUUAGUGCGAGGCCUGACGCUAUACAGAUAGUUUAUUUGUAGAAAUUAUGCAAUUUAUUUACAAAUAAUUAAUGUCCACGUUAUAAAGACUGGGAUUAGACGCGACGCGACGCCGGCCGGCUGGAGCCCGACGGCGAACGCUCGGUCGGUGUUGUACUAAAUAUAAGUAGGUAUUAUUAUUUGUAAGUAUGUAUGUAUGUUGGUGCUGCAUUACUAAUUUAUUUCUCUUAAACUAAGAAUGACAUUUUUUUUGUUAUUAUAAAAAAACGAAGCAGACUUAUCAUGUGUAAAUUUGGAUACUUUGAAAUAAAUUUCGACUCGGA